AUGGAACCAAAGGCUCCCGAAGAAAUCAUAUACGAAAUCUUGGUAAGGUUAGCCGUCAAAUCUCUACUUGAGUGCACGGCAGUAUGCAAGUCAUGGAGUUGUAUGAUCAAAAGCCCUACCUUCAUCCACACCCAUCUGAACAACCGAUUAAUCGAAUCCAACCAUCGAAACAACGACGGAGUUCAACUCCUCCUUCACAAUCCUGAAUUUGAGCUUUACUCAUUGUACAGGGAUGACGACGACCCCCGUGCAUCAUCAUCUACGCUUAGGGAGUAUACCGAUCUUGACAAUCCAUACCAAGUUUACGCCGAACGCACCAGAAGCCGUACCUGGGGAUCCGAGUUUGUCGGAACUUGUAACGGGCUCGUGUGCCUUGCUGCUGAAGACAUUGACUUGACUACAUUAGUUUGGAACCCUAGCAUCAGAAAGUUUGUGGUUUUGCCCAAGUCUGGUGUUACCUUUUGUCAUGGAUAUGGUCGAGAAGCAAGAUGCGCCUUUGGCUACGACAGGCGUGCCAAUGACUAUAAGGUCUUACGAAGAGUGUCUUGUUUUCAAGAAGGCAAAUUUAUCUCAUGUCAAUAUGAGAUUUGGUCGUUAGCCAAGGGCUCUUGGAAGACUCUCAAUACUGGUAAUGAUCGUCAUCAUCAUGAACGUGACAUUGAACAACGGGACUUUGAUGCUGGUCAUCCGCCUGCUUUUGUCAAUGGUGCUCUGCAUUGGGUUCAAGUCAACGUGAACACCGGGAAUAUUUCCGUUGGGUCGUUUGAUAUGUCCGAUGAAGUAUUCAGCAAGAUAACCAUACCACCAGAAGCUGAAACACAAAAAUGUUUCGAUUCUGAUCCACAUUGCGUGGUGUCGAGGUACAGAGAGUCCCUUGCAUUUUUCGAAAGCUCUGAGGAGAGGAGAGAAAGUGUUGGUUGUGGUUGGCUUCUUCACAUGACCAUGUGGGUGAUGAAAGAGUAUGGUGUGGCCAAAUCAUGGGAUAAACUAUUUGCAAUAUGCCUGGAAGGGAGUAUUUGUAGACUGGUUGGUUGUAGAAAAAGUGGUGAUGAAGUUGUGCUCAAACUGAUUGUUGAUAACGUUCAAUAUCGGUCUGUGAACUCUAAGACCAAACAAGUUAAGAAUUUGCAAAUUAAAGGAUCGUGCCGUUACUCGGUCAUGGAUGCUUUUACUGAAAGCCUUGUCUUGCUUGACCAGCCUAAUGUAUUUACAUACUAA